AUGAUUUUCGCACGAUUUUGGCAAAGCCUCCGCCUUGUGUGCGCUUUAUUGGUGGCUAUUCAUUUCAGUGCAUCAAUACUUGGAACCCAGAGCAUAGAUCUCUGCUCCACACCCAUUCUAGGCCAAACACAAUGGGUUGAGCAGAGUGUAUGCCCAUGGUGGAGCACGCAUGUCGAACCUCAUCGCAGGGAGUUUGCAAGACCGCUAGCGCUUCAGUGGCAAAUUAAAGAGGAAGCUUUGAAAUGUCGGGUCGAAAGCGCUUCUCAGAUGCUCACAACUGCUGGAAAAGCACACGUUCUUCCCUUUAUCAACAAAUGGCAGCAGGUUGCCCGUAUUAAAAGUCAGUUGUACUAUAACGUCUACGUGCUUCCCCACGUCAAGCACGCCAACUACGAGUUCCAACUAUGGCUACGAUCCGAUGGGGCUGUUGCCAGAUACACGGCACACACAAUAAAGUGCAUCUCAAGCCUUUUUCAUCAAGUGAUGGCACAAGUGGGCCGCCUUUGGAAACUUUCCCACCCUUAUUUGUCAAGUGAAGCCAAGUGUGUGAAAGCACGUCUAUUUAAAAUGGCUGCUUGUCUCAAAAAGCACAGAUUGCUCGUCCAAGAAAGGGUCAGUCGGCAUUUGAACGCUACUGACAGAAGCGUCGAGACCUCAAAGGAUGUCCCAUAUUACGAAUCCGAGAACGCAGAUGAUGAAGAACAGGAUGAGUUUGACGAUGACGAAACACUAUAUUUGACUUCCACAAUCAUCGAAACGGUUACGAUUUCCGAUAAUGAGGUUGCAACACCUUCAAGCACUGCCAACUCUGACACAGAUCUUGAAGUGCCUCUACGAGACCUUGUACAAGACGAAUUUCAAGCGUGGUCAAAUACCGUUGCCCAGAAGGCUUUGAAUUCCGAAGGGCAACUUGAUCAAGACAUUGAGGAAAUCAAAACGGGCAAGCUCAACGAUAUUCGUCCCCGCAUCACCGCUUUGCUGCGGGAGAUUUCAAAUGCCACGCAGCAGCAUUACCGGGCUAUUAAUAAAGCCAUAUUGGAUGUCAACUGCACUGCAGAGGUCGACCCAAAGACCGGGGAAUCUCUCUUCUUCAACAGGGAGGGCACACAAUUGCGCAACUACGUAACGCGACCAUUGAUGCGCGAAUAUUUCUCCCAGGCCCAUGCCUAUGUGGACGAUGCUCUCGAGCGGGUGCGCGAUAUGUUGGAAAUCUUUGUCGGCGACGUCAAUACAGACCUUGAUCAAUUGCGGCAAGAGCACCUGGAGGUGUAUGAGGAGUGGGGCGAUGUCAUGGUCAGCGAGUGGUCAAAACGUAUGGCUUACGUGGACGUCGUGGCUGCAAUGGAAUCCGAAGAUUUGAGCCAAAGGCAACAUGACAACUGGAAGCAGUUUUUGAGACUCAAGAAGCAGGUGAUAUUCACGAGAGACGCCUUGAUGAGACAUCCAGCCGAUUUGCAGGAUGUGGAAAAGUUUUUGAAGGAAAUACAAUUCACUUUGAAAGCUAUCCAGCGCGAGGCCGGAGAGUAUCUAUUUAUCUUACGCUCGAAAGCCAACCUGGCAUUCCAAGCUCGGGAGGAUCUAGAGAAGCAAAAGCUUUUGGAACAGAUGGAGAGGGAGAGAAGGGAACAGGAGGAACUUGAGAGACAGGAGCGCGAAGAGCGUUUGCGUCGGGAGCAGGAAGAUUUGGAGAAGUUCCAGGACAUGUACGAUUCACUCGACGAGGAAUCACGCGAAAUUGACGAUGACGAGGAAAAUGCCCAAUUGCUAGAGCAUGAGAAAGCACAACGCGCUGCACUAGAGAAAUUGGAAAGCGAGCAGCGCGAAAUAAUGGCUCGCGAGCAACGUCAAGAUGAAGAGAGCCACUUGUCCGAGUAA